UUGUUUUGUUUGUUGUUGUUUUGUUUUUGUUUUCGGUUCAAAGUUGGCCGUUGCUAAUCGAUGAAAGAUUGAUUGAUUAAAGUCUAUCAUUGAAGAUGGACUCAACACCAUCAUCAUCAUCAUUCGUAAAGAAACGUUUGUCGGAUAUGGUGUACACUUGGAUCACAUAUCGACAGAAAGGUGUACAGACUUUGAUCAUACAAUCGUUGUCGAUUUUAUUGUCAGUGACAAUAUUGUUUCUUUUGUCACAGGUGUACUUGAUUUUUUUACCAUGUCUUAAAGCAUUGUUAUGGGCUUUGCUUUGUGGUUCGGCUCUGUAUCCGUUCAAGAUUCGAUUGGCAAAUUUAUUGCGCGAAUGGCUAGAUCAACUUGAUCGAACAAAUCGAUCAUUAUGUUUUGGAUGUCUGAUGUUACCGAUGCAGUUGACCAUAAUGCUAUACAAUCGUUUUAUCGAUUUAAUGUCCAAUAAUCUAGUUCUAUUCAUCGUGUUUCAUUUUCGUUAUCAAAUUGUCAUUCAAAUACGACGAUUGUUUUAUCGAUUAUUACCCAUGAUACUUUCGAUGCCGAUGGCCAAAGAUGGUCACUUUGCGGCAAUUAUUGUAGCCAUAAUAGUGAUCACUAUACAUGCUGUGAUUGCAAUGUGCACUGCACCCGAACAUCGUUCAUUGUUACGAUCAAUGCCCACUGUUUUACUGAUGACUUUUAUCUAUUUGCUUUAUUAUCAUUUGGGCAUUUUUGGUCAGCUCACAUUAUUGUUUAUUGUGUGCAUGUUCGUAAUUGGUUUAAUAACCACUGGUUACAACUUGUUUCAUGGAUCAUCCGAACUACAAUUCGAUAGUUUAAUCGAAUUAUUUCGCGAUAAUAUUCGGACCAAAAUCGAAAAUUAUGCCACUUGGAUUCGUCAUAAGUAUCUACUAUCCACUGACCAUAUUGAUGGCAGCCAUUUGAACUUAGGCCAGUUAUUCAUCAGACAAUUGUUUAUGAUUUCGGCUUUCGUCGUAGCCGAACACAUGAACGUAUCGAGCCUGGUGUUGAUUAUUGUGCUUGUACAUCUGAUUCUUCAGCGGAUGUUUGCUUUGCUUGUUAGCGAUCAAAUGUCCGCUCGCAUUGAGCGAUGGUUCGAAUCAGUUACGGAUGGGAUCGCCAAUAAAUUCAGACAUGAUGUUUUCUUUCGGAUGCUGGCACAUUUCUUCACGCAAGGUGAUCGCUUGAUUAAAGUUGGCCUUGGCAAUAGUUUAGAUUUGUUGACUAGCAUCGGUUUAUUCAUGAUUGUUGGUUCGAUGGUCACAUUUUCGGCCGUAUUCGUUUCGAUCAAGAUUUACGGUGAAUGCUACCAGACAAUAUAUCUAUUGCAAAAUGAAUUGAAAAACAUUGAAUUCAUUCAGGAAAUUAUCAAACAGAUAAGCGAACCACAUUACAUUGAUAAUCUGAUCAACGAUCGUCUAAAUCUACAAGAUGAUGAAAAAAUUUUUAUCAACAAAAUGUUGGCCGAAAUUCGACACAACAUUUUGCCCUGGUUGAAUCCGAAUAACAGCAGCAGUAGCACUGGCACCAUUGAACAUGAAUCAAUUUCAGCUGUCGAAUCGUUAGGAUGGCUAUCAUUAAAUCAAUGGCCCAAAUUGUGGCGAUUAGUUGAUUACAAAAAUUUCGGUGAUCUAAUCGAAUUGGUUCGAACACAAGCUUCAUCCUAUCUCCCAAUGGUCAAAUCAAUUAUUUCGGUGUCCUAUGCAUUCAUAUUUGUCAUACUGGAUUCUAGUACGAUGCUAAUGAGUUUUGUUUUCAACUUUAUUAUUUUUCUGCUCGCUCUUUUCUAUUUAUUAUCAUCCAGUCAAAACAAAUACAAACCAAUCGAAUUAAUCGAUCAUAUGGUGGCUAGUCUAUUCAUAUCGAAUCAAGAAGAAAAUCGAUUCAGUCAUUAUGUGGAACAAGUGGUGAAUAGUAUCUUUGCUGCCACUAUCAAGAUAUCGGCAUUUUAUGGUGUUUACACUUGGCUCUUGCAUUCCUUGUUUGCCUUACGAAUCUGUUACAUUCCGUCAGCGAUUGCGGCUAUUUUGGCAGCCGUUCCUUUGCUUAAUGCUUAUUGGGCUUCAUUACCAGCUUGUAUUUAUCUGUACUUUUUUGAAGGAAAUCUGGCCCUAGUCAAAUCAUUAUCGAUGUUUGGACUGGCAAUGCUUCCAUCAUUCAUGGUCGAUUCAUCGAUCUAUUCGGAUAUCGGAAAAGGUGGACAUCCUUACCUGACCGGAUUGGCAAUCACUUGUGGUGUUUUAUACUAUGGCGUGGAAGGUGCCCUGUUUGGACCACUUUGGCUUUGUCUUUUGGUGAUCAUAGUGAACAUGUGUACUGAAAUGGACGGUAGAAAUAUGCUUAGUCCAAGUUGAAUACAUUAUUUUGAGAAUAAUAAUAAACGAAUUAAUUUAUUUUAAUAAA